UAAUAUAAAAUAAGAAAGAGUCCUCCAUUUCCAAAGGAAAAAAAAACUUUUAGAGAGAGAGAGAGAGAGAAUUUAGUGAGAGAAACACUGCGCCAUCAAUCCUGCCAAAGUCGCUGUCUGGAUCACACUUUCAUCUCACGCUUUUGUGGUCUCUCUGAAGAAUCUGUAGCUGAAUUAUGCAUUAUCCUUCCUAAUUUCGAUUCACUAUUGGUGGAGAAGAAGCUUCGUUAAUGGAAGCAGUGUUUGCCUGAGUUGAAAUUGUUCCCGUUAAUGAACUGAAUUUCGAUUGAGUAAUUAAUCUCCGACGUCGUGUUUGAGAAGAAGAAGAAGAGGAGUUGCUGCUAAUUAAUGCGCCUCCGAUCUUGAGGUUGGAGGCGGAUCUGAAUUCUGAUUCGAAGAACCGAUUUUCUGCACACCGAAAAAAAAUCUGCAGAUUCAGACGAUAAGAAAAUGGAAUUGCCUCAACCCAGACCUAUUGGCACCGAAGGUAGAAAGGCAACCCAUGAUUUUCUCUCACUGUACUCAUCCACACCACCCGCACAUGCCCAACAAGAUCCAGCUCCUCCGCAAGGUGGCUACCUUAAAACUCACGACUUCUUACAACCGUUGGAACAAGUCGGGAAGAAUGUGAUGUCAAAGGAAGAGAACAAAGUUGGAAUGAAUGCUACAGAAAGGCCUCCCUUGCCAGCUCCUUCUCCUCCCGCCUCGGUGGAGCAUCUUCUGCCAGGUGGCAUAGGGACAUACAGCAUUUCUUAUUUCAAUCAAAGAGUGUUAAAGCCAGAUGGAAGCUUAUUUACAGCGCAGGCCAUUAAUACAACCGCGAACGACGAAAACUCAAACUGCAGUUCCUACACAGGGGGUGGUUUCACACUGUGGGAUGAAUCUGCUGUUAAAAAGGGAAAGACAGGGAAGGAGAAUAUUUCUGCAGAAAGACAUAUUCUGCAAGAAGCAGGUGUGAAUAAUGUGGCGGGAGGGCAAUGGACGUCAUUUUUGGAAAAGCCAUCACAAUCGUCUUCAAAUCAUAAGACGUUCAGUUCUUUCUCAUCCUCUCAGCCAUCUUCAUCUCAGAAGAACCAAAGUUUCAUGGAUAUGAUAACAUCAGCAAAGAAUGACCAAGAAGAGGAUGACGACGAUGAAGAAGACGAGUUUGUCAUCAAGAAAGAGCCCUCUUCUCACACUAAAGGUAAUUUGUCUGUAAAAAUUGAAGCAAAGACUGCAGAUCAGAAGCCCAAUACACCCCGUUCAAAGCACUCUGCUACGGAGCAACGCAGAAGGAGCAAGAUUAAUGACAGAUUUCAGAAGCUGAGAGAGAUAAUUCCUAACAGUGAACAGAAGAGAGACAAGGCAUCGUUCUUAUUAGAGGUUAUUGAUUACAUUCAGUUCUUACAAGAGAAAGUAAACAGAUGUGAGAGUUCCUACAAUGUCUGGAACCAUGAACCAUCAAAGAUGAUGCAAUGGCAAAGAAACUGUCAAAUAGCGGAAGGUUUGUUAGACCCACGAGGGGCGAACGCAGAUAAUAAUGUUCCAGCAUCAGUAUCUGCAGCUACAAAGUUUGACGAGAAGAAAGCUUGUUUAUCCCCAAUGAACGCACAAAACUUAUUAGUAGAUUCCGAUAAUAUAAGCAGUGCUACAACUUUCAAAGAGAGGAGUCAUCACAGGCUGCAGCCUGAAUCAAAUAAAUCGAAGGCAGUGGUGCAGCCAAAUAUUUUCAAUUUUGGUACAAGUUCGAACACUGCAGUUUCACCAAAGCAAGCAUCUUCUCUUGAUAAAACAAUUACGUGGCCUCCUCUUCCCGAGCGUAAUAGAACAAAGGACCAAGAACCCACUAUUGAAAGUGGUACCAUUAACAUCUCAAGUGUUUAUUCCCAAGGGUUAUUGAAUACCCUUACACAAGCACUACAGAGCUCUGGCCUCGACCUAUCACAGGCCAGCAUCUCGGUGCAAAUUGAUUUGGGGAAGAGAGCCAACGACAUCCCACAUUCCUCAACGUUAUUGGCCAAGGACGACGAUGAUGAUAUUCCGGGUGCCUUAACACGUUCUAGAGCUGCAGGUGCAGGGGAGGAGUUCGGCCAUGCUUUAAAGAGACUCCGAACUAGCUGAAGUGUAAUAUUACUAAUGCUAAAGAGUACAUUAAUAUUUCUUUUUUUUUGUAGUAUUCUUAUUUGUCCAAUUUUUUGGGUUCCAUUUCAUUAUAAAAGGUUCAUCAAUGUCCUUUUUCUUGACAGAGAUAUCUGCCUAACUUAAAUCAGGAAGCAAGUGUACAUGUAUUUUUGUUUCUAUAUGUUAUUUUUUUCUUCUCUCCUCGAGUCUUGGGAUGCAAAGAUUUCUCAAGCAAGAGAAACUGUCCUCCUUAUGUACUAUCUGUAUUGUUAUUAUUCAUUUUACAAUAGAGACUACAUUUUCACAUUGGGAAACUCCCUGCUUUUUGUUU